AAAUCCGUUAUUUAAGUUUCGGUAUAACAAUAGCACGCAACGCAACCACAGACGCGUUCACACUAGCUCAGGCUGUCAUCAAUGCACUUCAGUCCACAUGUUCCUGUUGCAAUUUUAACCAGACACUUUCGCGAAUCACCAAAUAGCGAUCGUAAUAGCGGGCGACGAAGUAGAAAAAGAAACAUUAAUUAGUAAUCAUACAGAAUCAAGGAAUCUACUUUGGUGCCUUUUGACGAUUAAUCAUGGAUCUGAGUGCCAGGAAAUAGGAACCACUUUUCUCUGUGUUACUUUGUGUUCUUUUGGUAACCAUCGCUUGUUAUUCAGUUAACGCAGUUCCAGUUCGUCUUGUCAAUGGAACCACAAAUUAUGAGGGCAGAGUGGAAGUGUACUACCAGAACCAGUGGGGGGACGGUAUGUGGUAACGGAUGGGACAUUGAAGAUGCAAACGUCAUCUGCCGACAGCUCGGGUAUCCUUCUGCAUCACCGGCCCCCCAGAAUGCCUAUUUCGGGGAAGGUUCAGGAUUAAUUUUCUUGGAUAGUGUUGUUUGUAAUGGCACAGAAUCGACCAUCGACCAGUGUGAUCACAGCGGAUGGCUGAACAAUAACUGUGAUCACAGCCAGGAUGUUGGAGUGACUUGUGCUUCUCUGGAUCCAUGUCCUGUUUUAGUUCGGCUUGUGAAUGGGGGCGCACCUAAUGAAGGUCGAGUGGAAGUCAACUACGAAUGCCACUGGGGUACAGUCUGUAGUCAAGACUGGACCAUCAGAGAUGCCCAUGUCGUCUGUCGACAGCUCGGCUACCCUUCUGCAUCCCAGGCCUGGCACAGUGCUCACUUUGGCGAAGGAUCAGGAUCAAUUCUCCUUAACAAUGUAGCAUGCCGUGGCAAUGAGUCAAGUAUUGACGAAUGCCAUCACAGUGGAUGGUAUGUUACCUCCGGCUGCGGACAUUAUAGUGACGCUGGAGUAACUUGUGACUUGGCAUCUCCUCCACCAGUCUCAGUACGUCUGAUCAAUGGGAACGCACCCAAUGAAGGUGGAGUUGAGGUGUACUACAAAGGCCAAUGGGGGAGUGUCUGUAGUAUCGAAUGGAGAAUUGAAGAAGCCAGAGUCGUCUGUCGACAGCUCGGCUACCCUUCUGCAUCUCAGGCCUGGCGGUUCAGUAACUUUGGGCGUAGCUCUGGGCCGGUUCUCCUCGAAGAUGUUGCAUGUGAUGGACAUGAAUCACGCAUUGACCAAUGUGACCAUAGUGGAUGGUUUGUGGUAACUUACUGCAAUCAUUACUAUGAUGUCGGAGUGACGUGUGACGUAACCAUCCCCUCUCCUGUCCUAGUACGCCUUGCUGAUGGCAACAUUCCAUAUGAAGGCAGAGUGGAACUAUAUUAUCAAUGCUAUUGGGGUACAGUUUCUGAUUAUGGAGAAUGGACCAUCGAGGAUGCUAAUGUCGUCUGUCGACAGCUCGGCUACCCUUCUGCAUCCCAGGCUUAUGGCAAUGCGCACUUUGGUCGCGGUUCUGGGCUGAUUCUCCUGGGCAACGUUGAAUGUGAUGGUCAUGAGUCAAGUAUCGUCAAAUGUGACCACAGUGGAUGGUAUACACAUGACGCAGGUAGUCAUGGAGGUGAUGUUGGUGUUGCAUGCAAUGUCACGCAUCCUAAGCCUGUUGCUGUGCGUCUAGUCAAUGGUAGCAACCCUUACGAAGGUAGAGUGGAAGUGUACUACCAAGACCAAUGGGGCACUGUCUGUGAUAAUGACUGGAGCACUGAUGAUGCCAAUGUCAUCUGUCGACAGCUUGGCCUGCCUCCUGCAACAGUGGCCUGGCAUUAUUAUCUUGAACUGUGUGUGUGUGUGUGUGUGAACAUUAACUUAAUAGUUGCAGUCCGGCUUGUAGAUGGGAGCACCACCCAUGAGGGUAGAGUGGAGGUUUACUACAGAUGUCAGUGGGGAACUAUUUGUGAUUAUGGCUGGAACAUAGAAGAUGCCAAUGUCAUCUGUCGACAGCUCGGUUACCCUUCUGCAAGGCAGGCCUGGCAGAGUGCUCACUUUGGCCAAGGAUCAGGGCCGAUUCUCCUGGCCAACGUUCACUGUGAUGGACAUGAAUCCACCAUCGAUCAGUGUGAUCACAGUGGCUGGUUCAGUCAUAGCUGUACCCGGCACAGUUAUGAUGUUGGAGUGACGUGUAACGUAGCAGCUUCUUCGUCAGGUACUAUACAUGUAGUGCGUCUUGUUAAUGGUAGCAACCCUUAUGAAGGCCGAGUGGAAGUGUACUACCAAGACCAGUGGGGCACUGUCUGUGACGAUGGCUGGAGCAUUGAAGAUGCCAACGUCAUCUGUCGGCAACUCGGCUACCCUCCUGCAUCACAGGCCUGGCAGAGUGGUCACUUUGGUCAAGGAUCAGGACCUAUUGUCCUGAGCAUUGUUGCUUGCAAUGGUAACGAAUCCAACAUUGACCAAUGCAAUCACAGUGGAUGGUUGCCUAAUGGAUGUAGUCACGCUGAAGAUGCUGCAGUGACGUGCGGAGACAACCACGUCAAUUCAACCUCUGAACCAAUAGUUUCCGUGAGACUCGUAAAUGGGAUCGUUCCAAAUGAAGGAAGAGUGGAAGUGUACUACAAAUGCUUCUGGGGUACAAUCUGCCAUAACGGCUGGACCAUCAGAGAAGCGAAUGUUACCUGUCGACAGCUGGGCUACCCUUCUGCAUCCCGGGUCUGGCGUAGGGCUCACUUUGGCCAAGGAUCAGGACCUAUUCUUCUCGACAAUGUUGUCUGCGAGGGCACAGAAGAAAGCAUCGAGCAAUGCGAGCACAGUGGGUGGUUCAACACUUCCUUUGGCCAUUACUACGAUGUAGGAGUGACUUGCAACACAGACAUUGAUGCUACCGUAUUCCCUCCAGAACCAUGGAGUUCUGCAACUAUUAGUACAACCCCACCUGGAACAGCACCCUCAACAACUAACAGGAGUCCUUCAGCAACUGAAUCAGCCAAAUUAUCCACUGAAUCAACAUCUGAGUCAACCACAUUGAUGGAAACAACAAUACCUGUAAAAAAGAACCUAGCAACAGUAACUACACAAUCAACUACCACGAUCGCAGGAACAACUGAUAGCCAGACAGUUCUGAUCCUUGUCGUUACUGUCAUCAUCAUCAUCGUGAUUGUCUUGGCUGUGGUUUUGUUCCUUUGUUUUCGUCGUCAUCUAAAGGGUAGAAGACAGCCAGCAAAGACACACCAGCAGGGGGACAGGAACUGGCCACGUAUGAGAAUCAGAUAUCUCCUGAAGAGAUACCAGACUAUGAGGAUGUCGAUGGUGAUUGCCCAUCUUCACAUGAAGUAGUUGCAGUUAAUAUGUCAUC